AUGGCUGAGGUAGAGGCUGUUCAUCAAUCAGAUAAAUUACCAAAAGUUGAAAACAAACAACUAAAUGAAACUGAAGAAGCUAUUGCAAUGAUGCGAUUGGAUGAUAAACAUUAUUUAGCGAAUAAAUGGACACUUUGGUUCUAUGAAAAAAAGAGUAAAAUUUGGGUUGAAGAUAUACAUGAAGUAUCUAGUUUUGAAACUGUUGAAGAUUUUUGGUGCUUAUUCAAUCACAUUAAACCUCCAAGUCAACUUUCGUGGCAUAGUCAAUACAGCUAUUUUAAGAAUGGAAUCAAACCUAAUUGGGAUGAUGAAAAAAACAAGGCUGGUGGACGUUGGUUAUUGCAGUUGCCACCUUUAAAAAAAUGCACCCUUGUAGAUGAAUAUUGGAAACAAAUAGUGAUGAGUUUAAUUGGUGAAGUAUACGAGAGUUCUGAAGUUAAUGGAGCUAUAGUUAACGUAGCAAGCAUAGGAACUAAAAUAUCAGUAUGGACAAGCAAUGCAUCCAAAAACAAUAGGAAUAACCUUAUGGCUAUUGGAAAGAAAAUUAAAGAAGUUUUGGGUGCACAACGUAUAAAUUUGUUUUACGAGGCUCACACAGAUACAGCAAACAAAAAAGGAUCACAUUCAAAAAAAAUAUUUAUGAUAUAA